AGCCUUGUAAUUUAAAACCGCUGAAGUUUCCUGAAGGACCAGUACUACUUGGAUUCACCAUGAGAGAAAGACAUAUAUUUGCUCGUUCCAAGGUUUUUAUUUUAUUCUGAAUGGCAAAGAAUAGCAAAGGACCAACCUGAGUGCAAACGGACAGAUCUAAAUAGAUGAGCUAGUGGCAUCCUUUUCCUGAGCCCAGAGCAAGGAUUCCAUGCAACCCAGCUGCACACACUGAUUUUAACCAGAAUAUUUAAUAUUAACUGCGUGAUCAGGGCCAGCUGGAUGACAGGAUGCGAGUGGUUACCUUUCUAAUGCUACUUUGCUUUUGCAAAAUAUCUGAGUGUAGAAAGAUAAGAAGAAACAGAGAAAAUGACAAAACAAACAGCACUAAAAGGACUUCUAACACAGUAAAACGCUAUGCUCCAGGAUUGCCCUGUGAAACAUACAUAUAUCUUAAUGAAAAGUACUUGGACUGCCAAGAGAAGAGACAGACAUCCAUACUCCCUGCCUGGCCAGAAGACCUCAUACACAUAUUGCUUGCAAGAAAUCAUAUCCGUAUACUUAAAAACAAUGCAUUUUCUAAGUUUCAAAAAGUAAAAAGUCUGGAUUUACAACAGAAUGCAAUAAUAAAAAUUGAGAAUCUAGCAUUUUAUGGUUUAAAGAGACUUACAACUUUGUUACUGCAGCACAACAAGAUAAAAGUGCUAUCAGAAGAAGUGUUCAUUCACUUGCCUCUAUUAAGUUAUUUGCGGCUUUAUGAUAAUCCUUGGGACUGUAACUGUGAGCUGGAAUCCCUUGUCACACUGCUGAAGAUUCCACGCAAUAGAAAUUUGGGGAAUUAUGCCAAAUGUGAGGCACCAAUAGAAAUGAAAGGACUAAAACUUAAAUCAGUCAGUCCUGAAUUAAUAUGCCAAGAUGAUAACCUGGAACCAAAACAUGUACAAGGCCCUAAAGUAACUAAACCCCUAGUAGACUCCUCACUUUGCCAUACCUACCUGUACCCAAUAGCAACACUGGACUGCAAAAGUAAAGAAUUACAAGGCGUGCCAACUGACAUUUCUCCAGACAUUGUAAAGCUUGAUCUGUCCAACAAUAAAAUCAAACAGCUGCAAUCAAAAGUGUUUGCAGAUACACCAAAUCUUGAAAUACUAAAUUUGAGCAGCAAUGGAAUUGAGUUAAUAGAUCCAGCUGCUUUUUCAGGCUUAAUGAAUCUGCAAGAACUUGACUUAUCAAAUAACACACUUUUCAAUAUUCAUUAUGGUGUACUGGAAGACCUAUACUUUUUGAAAAAGCUAUGGCUCAGAGAAAAUCCAUGGAGGUGUGAUUACAAUAUUCAUUACUUAUUUUACUGGCUAAAACAUCACUAUAAUGUUAACUACAAUGGUCUGGAAUGCAAGUCACCUGAGGAAUAUAAAGGCUGGUUUGUUGGAAGGUAUGUCAGAAGUUAUUAUGAAGAAUGCCCAAAUGAGAAAUUCCAAGUACAAGUAGAUCAAGGAAUGGAUGAAGAGGAACGGGACAGAAGUAAUGAUCGUUCUUGGCAAAUUGAAAAAGCAAGUAAGAAGAGUGCCAGACUAACAGUGUUAAGUUAAAGUGCUGUGUUUUUUUAAGAAAGAUACUGGUUAUUUUCAUCUUCAAUCAUUUCAUUUUUACUGUGCAAAUGAUUAAACUGGCAGGCAAUACAGACCAUCAAAAUACUUUGAAUGAGAAAAUCAUCUUGUAUUACAACAAAAAAAUCAAAUAUAUCAGAAUAUGUUAUAUAUGCAGCAAGUAGCCAGUCUGAUUGCUGGUUGUUGUUUCUGCAAACGUGUUAGUGACAAUACUUUUAGAUUCUGCCUUGCAGUAAAAGCCCAUUGUCUCAUGUCAUGUUUCCAAAAUCAUCCUUAUCUCCUCCCAUACUCCUUAUGUAUGUCUGUACAUUCUUUUACAAAAAAAUACUGUGAAGCAUUGUAAGGCUGCCAAGGGAACAUGUGUUGUUAAAUAAUAAUAGGUCAUAAAAAUGAGAAAGUCAGUCUGUACAAAGAGAUACAGUAAAACAACAUUUUUAUUAUAGGGAAUUUAAAUAUUCAUAGUA